UUGCACUGCUCGGAUUCCGAGUCCGAGCACAGAGCGAGAAGGUCCGUCCGAUGCCGAACAUCAUCGUCCAUGGGCAAGCUAGUACUCCUAUAUAUAAAAGGCUUUCGCUACGCAACGAAAUCUCCAAGAGAGGCCAUCGCGAACAACCAACCUUCUCGGCGAGAGCACGUCGCGCGAGACCUGCUCGUAAAUCGAUCGUCCCCUCGCCAGACGACCAAGAACAUGGGGGCGAGGCAGCAUGCCGGCGGCGCGGCCCCGUGCGCCAACGGCUGCGGGUUCUUCGGCAGCGGCGCGGCCACAAACGAUCUCUGCUCCAACUGCUACAAGGAACGGCAGCAGCUGCUGGACCUCAUGGCCUUUGACGCCGCCGUCAUGUCCGGCCUCAGGUCGCUGAGGCUGACGAAAGCUGCAGGCGAGGAGGAGACGCCCGAGAAGACGGCGGGGGCGACCAAGAACCGAUGCGAUGCGUGCCAGCAGAAGGUGGGGCUGCUCGGAUUUGCGUGCCAGUGGUGGGCCACGGCCACCUGCUGCGGCGCGCACCGCCAUGCCGACGCACAGGUCUGCUUCUUCGACUACAAAGCAGCCUGCCGCGAGCAGGUCGCGCGCAAGAACCCGCUUGUCGCGCCCAAGAUGGCGAGGAUUUCAAUUUUUUAAGAAAAUGAGGUUAAACCCCCGGCCUCUCUGCAUUAAUCGACGUAUGCAGCCAUUUUUUAUUAAUUAUAUUUCACAAAGUUUUGAUAAGAACAUACUCCCUCCGUAAACUAAUAUAAGAGCGUUAGUUUACAGAGGGAGUACAUCAAUUCACCCCAAAACACUACUCACACCAACAAACUCAAUAACAUGGAGUUCUCUCACUCCUCGUAUCUAAAAUCAAGGUCGUCGUCAAUCCAUCAUCAUCCUUGCCAGUCCGGACAUCAAGGAUUUGAAUGCUUGCUUCUACCCAUGACAUGUACCUCACGCUGUGCUGACUCUUGCAGGAGAUGCCCUAGAGAUGAACUGUGGAAUUAGUAUGCGUUCGAUUCGAUUGCGUCUCCGUCGUUUCUACCUUUGUGACGAGGAGGCUGUGUAUCUAAAAGAUGCGCCUGUAUUUUUUCCAUCAGGUUAAAUUCAUACAAAUAUCCAUUACGUUCUUCGCAAGUUGGUACGCAUCAUGCAUUUGGAUGAUAAACUGCCCGAAUGUCUCAUCCGAUCUAACCCCUAUGCUAUUAGAUUAAUCAAACCAAGAAAUAAAAAUUAAAAAAUCCCAUGAAUCUGCGCAAAAUCCAACAUGUAAGAGUUAGAUCGAUGAGAUAUAGUUAUUUCUCAUUUAGAUGAGAGCUAGCCAUGCUCUAAGGCCCCUCCUAAUGCUCCAUCUUAUACAAGUGGUAAGGCUGCCAUAUAGGCAAAAAGUCUGAUGUGGCAUGGUAAUUAAGAGGAGAGAGAUGAGUGUGGUGACCCAAUAAGAAACAAUGCCAAGCAUGAGAACCUAAGCAAAACACUUAAAUGAAAGAAUCCCACCAAUGAAUGAAGAACUUUAGUUGAAAAAUAAUUAAAGGAAGGAUGCUUAGCACCAACAAGUUAAGCACCUAUGCAUUGAGAGAUUUAGUUGCUAAAGUUUUUAGUGUGCUUAACACCUCAUGUAAGCACCAACGCAUUGAAAGUAGCCUAAAUUGCCAACUUCGGCUGGUCAAUCAGUCCACCACAUCCAGAUCCAAUCGGCUAAUCUUCUUUUUCUCUCAUUAGUUCCCGCCGCACGUACGUCAUACACGUGGUUAAAAAAAAUAUCAAUAACCAUAAUUUAAAAUCACAAGAUUUGGGUCACCUUAACAAUAGAAUUUUUGAGAAUUCAAUUCAUAUAUUCAACUAGUAAUUUUCUUAGUCCAUGCGAUUGUUGUCAUAUAUUUUUAAUAUUUUAAAUGUACUCAUC